UGAGGGUAAGGAGGUUUAAGGAUCGUCGAUGAGUGUGUCAACUCGACUCGACUUUAAUUUUGCGGCUGUAGAGCUCUCGCCCGCAUGAUCCGACCGACCUUCGCGGAGUGAUAUGUCCUCGUACACGUUCUCGCAGAAACUGUUCACGCCGACGCCACCUGAGCGCGGCAGCUUUCCGUUGGAUCACGAAGGCAUUUGCAAGGGCAUUAUGAUCAAGUAUAUGCGCUGCUUAUCGGAACACUACAACCGGAACGAAUCGUGCCGCGACGUCGCCAGAGAAUAUCUCGGUUGCCGUAUGGACCACAACUUAAUGGCUCGCGAGGAUUGGUCCAAACUUGGCUUCAACGUCGACCAGUCCAAGGAGAUAUAGAUUUCGUCCUCGUCGUGGACCAUCCCUACUGCCCUCGAUUCUGCCUGCCUGGCGCAUUCGAUUGUCGUGUUGUUUUUGUCAUUGUUGUUGUCGAUGAAACUUUGCGGUAGUCUUCUAAAACGUGAGAGCGGACUUGUAAAAUUCAACAGAAUCGAAAAGAUGGCACAUAUUACCAAGAGGAAAGUAUUGCUCGGUUGCACUGGUAGUGUAGCUACCAUCAAGCUGCCAGAGCUGGUGCAGAAGUUGCUA